GAAGCUGAGUUAUUAAUUAAGAGAGGUUCAAGAACUUUAUGUAACGAAGAAACUUGGAGUAUAAGGCAUUGCCACAUUGGCUUUCCAUCGUAGAGCUGAAAGACACAUUUAGGUUUUCUUGGUGUGGAAAUUAUCAUUUCCCGCUCAGACUGCUAUCAUGUGAUCCGUACUGGUGAAAACCAUUUAAUGCUCUGGGACUUUUAAUAGCAUGGCUUGUAUGGCUUAUUCAUCGACCUUAAGUUCGACUCUAUUUAUAUCUCAUGCCAUUAGAAAAUCUUUGCAAAACCUUUUGAUUUCCUAAUUUUAGUCAAGGCUCUAAAGUAAAUCAUGCAUAACUGAGUAUAUCUCAUAUUAGUCGCUAUAUCCAUCAUCAUGAAAACCAAAUAACAAAAUAGAUUAAUUCAUGUUCCCAAAAUAGCUAGUGAUUCAGAGAAUCUGACGCUUCCUCUGAAAAUCACACAAAUACGGAUAUUUCUCAAACUCCUGAUUCUCUGUUUCCACAGAAACGAUGUUCAACAGCAAGAAGGAGUCCAAUGGCACGGCCUCUCGAACGGGAGCAGACUCGCCGUUCUUGCAAAAGGCACGUUCGGGUAAAACCGAGGUAAGAGAGCUAGAAGCCGUGUUCAAGAAGUUCGACGUGAACGGAGACGGCAAGAUCUCUUCAAAGGAGCUAGGCGCCAUAAUGGCGAGUCUAGGCCACGAGGUUCCAGAGGAGGAACUUCAGAAGGCGGUAGCAGAGAUCGACAAGAAAGGAGACGGUUACAUAAACUUGGAGGAGUUCGUUGAGCUGUUCACGAAAGGGAUGGACCAGAACGAUGUGCUGGAGAAUCUUAAGGACGCGUUCUCAGUUUAUGAUAUCGACGGGAACGGGUCUAUUUCAGCGGAGGAGCUGCAUGAGGUGUUGAGGAGUCUUGGAGAUGAAUGCUCCAUAGCGGAGUGUAGGAAGAUGAUUAGUGGUGUGGAUAAGGAUGGAGAUGGGACUAUUGAUUUUGAGGAGUUUAAGGUUAUGAUGACUAUGGGAUCUAGGCGUGAUAAUGUCAUGGGAGGUGGUGCUCAGUGGUAGAGUUGCAUUAACUUGAUAAUUUAAAAAAAAAAUGAUUUUAACUCUUUUGUUCUGUUUUCAGUUCUGCUUUAGAACUAUAUAAUUGUAUAAAAGUUAUGUGAAUAAAAGAUUUGUUGCAAAAGUCUGUACCAUAUCAAAUAGAAGAUGGAAGAUUUGUUGUUUUGUUCGGGAGCAGGUUAACAUUAGAGGUGUACUUGAUGAUGGAAGAUGUGAAUACAUCUUCUUCCUUAGGGUUGACCAUGUCAGUUGUUUCAAUUAGAGCAUUUAGCUUACAUGGUAAUAAAAAGCUUCACGGUGGAUCUUUGUUCCCAUGAUGCAUCCUCUCAUAGAUAGGUGUCAUGAAAGAUUUCACAAGAAAGGCUAAGUAAGGUACUAUCAUCUCAGGAGACACCAAGUGCUUUAUAAGUAAUGAGCAUCAUCCUGUAAGUUUUCUAGGCUUUACUUGUUUCAUCUUUUUAAGAUUGUUUUUUUUGUAGACCAGGAGGUGGUCCGGCCCUUACGGCCUG